GACACAUCCUGCGGAUGGACGGUCCGUCAACAGCUGGUGGCCCCUGGGUGACGCGUAGGCCCGGGAGCGUCGACCAUGGACGACCACGGCCUGGAGGAGUUCCGCCGGCGCUGGCAGGAGGAGUUGGCGCAGGCACAGGCCCAGAGGCGACGGCGGCGGCGGGGGGCCGGGGAGCGGCGGGCGCGGAGGCCCGAGGCGGGGGCUUUUGGGGAGCAGGCCUCGGGGUACCUGGCUCUGGCACAGGGUCUACUGGAGGGCGCGGGCCGACCCCCGGCGCCCAGGCCCGGCCGGACCGACAGGAGGGAUGCGACCAGCCGCUCUCGCUCACCCCCUGACCGCGACGCCGCGGAGCCGGACGAGCCGCUGGUGGACCAGCUCAUCCGCGACUUGAAUGAGAUGGAAGAGGUGCCCUUCUUCGACGUGCAGCUGCCUUAUGAACUGGCAAUCAAUAUAUUUCAGUAUCUGAACAGAAGAGAACUGGGUCGGUGUGCUCAGGUGAGCAAGACAUGGAAGAUGAUUGCUGAAGACGAGGUGCUGUGGUACCGGCUGUGCCAGCAGGAGGGACACCUUUCCAAGAACAGGAUCUCUGAUUACACCUGCUGGAAGCUCAUCUUGCAGGAGUGCCUGGCCAAGGAGCAUAUGUUAAGAACCAACUGGAAGAAUCGCAAAGGUGCUGUGAGCCAGCUGGAGCAUGUUCCCGAUGCCGUUUUGUGUGAUGUACGCUCUCAUGAUGGUGUUGUCAUCGCAGGAUACACAUCAGGGGACGUGAGGGUGUGGGACACCCGCACCUGGGACUAUGUGGCCCCCUUCCUGGAAUCUGAGUCUGAGGAGGAGGAGCCUGGAAUGCAGCCAUAUGUCUCUUUUGUGAGGAUCAACAGCUCGCUGGCUGUGGCGGCUUACGAGGAUGGGGUUCUUAACAUCUGGGACCUGAGGACCGGGAAGUUCCCUAUCCAUCGUUUUGAGCAUGAUGCAAGAAUACAGGCCCUUGCGCUCAGCCGGGAAAAGGCUACAGUUGCCACAGCUUCUGCUUUUGACGUUGUGAUGUUGUACCCUAACGAGGAGGGGUACUGGCAUGUAGCUGCGGAAUUUGAAGUUCAGAAACUGGUUGACUACCUGGAAAUAGUCCCGGAUACUGGGAGGUACCCCGUGGCAAUAGCCACAGCUGGGGACCUGGUAUACCUGCUGAAGGCCGAGGACUCAGCCAGAACCCUUCAUUAUGUCUACGGCCAGCCUGCCACAUGUCUGGAUGUCUCAGCCACCCAGGUUGCCUUUGGAGUCAAGAGUCUGGGAUGGGUAUAUGAAGGAAACAAGAUCCUGGUGUAUAGCCUGGAAGCAGAGCGCUGCCUCUCGAAGCUUGGCAAUGCACUUGGUGACUUUACCUGUGUCAACCUCCGGGACAGCCCUCCCAACCUCAUGGUCAGCGGCAACAUGGACAGGAGAGUCCGGCUCCAUGACCUCCGCAGCGACAAAAUUGCCCUGUCACUGUCUGCCCAUCAGCUGGGGGUGUCCGCAGUCCAGAUGGAUGACUGGAAGAUUGUCAGUGGGGGAGAGGAAGGGCUGGUGUCUGUGUGGGAUUACCGCAUGAGCCAGAAGCUGUGGGAGGUGCACUCCAGGCACCCUGUGCGUCACAUCUCCUUCAAUAGUCACAGCCUCAUCACCGCCAAUGUGCCCUACGAGAAAGUGGUGCGGAACUCCGACCUGGACAACUUUGCCUGUCACAGGAGACAUCGUGGCCUGAUCCAUGCCUAUGAGUUUGCAGUGGACCAGCUGGCCUUUCAGAGCUCUCUUUCUGUCUGCCGCUUCCCCUGUGACACCAUGGCUGGGUACAGCUAUGACCUAGCACUUUCUUUCCCCUAUGACAGUGUUUAGGGCGUCACCUUAUGGAGAAGUGGGAAGAGCCAGUUUUACAAAUGUCAGAGCUGCAGGGAAGAUCUGCAGCACAGAGUGGAAUUUGGGGAUAGUGCCCCCUCUCAGGUGGCCUAUGGCCACACAGCCUUGCUGCCUCUGAAACCACCUAUAGAGAGUCUGCUCCCAUUUAGGGCUUUGGGAGCACCUGCUGAUGACUCCGAGUUAGCCUUUCCCAAAGCGCUCCUCCACCGCAGCCUAUGACAGGAGAGACACCCCUCCCUCCCUCCUUCCACACGCUAGUCCCCUGUGUGUGGUGCUGAGGAUGGCCAGAGCCUCACACAUGCAGGCAAGCACUCAGAGUGGUCUCCUGACCCCACCCUGUCCAGCCCUCCUCUGUGGUUUUCACACAGUUCAUCAUUGUAGCCCCUUACCUGUGUGAGGACUGCUCCAUUUCACUUGCUGCUCUGUCCGGUACAUGGACUACCAAGGAACCAACCCUCCUUCCCUGGGGAGGACAGGGCCACUCCAUAGGGGUGGGCUUGGAGCCUCAGCUCCUGAGCGUGGCUGGUGGCACCACUUCCCUCAGCACCCCAAAAGCAGCCGCAGUCAGUGCUCUUGACAGAUACCCACUCUGCCUGCAGAACGGCACGGGCACACCCACACACAGUGGCCAGGAGACCUAGUCAGUGAAAACAUUUGGGUAGACAUGCAGAGCUCUUCAGAAUUCCUGUGGACCAGGCACCUAACACCUGUACAGAGAUCCACAACAUCAGGCAGAGUCCCUAUCUCAGCCAAUGCCAACUCAGAAAAAAAAAAAAAAUCAGGUGGACCAGGCCACUCCACAGUGGGUUCUGCAGAGGGCAAAAAAGUGGCAGGGGGAGCUUCGUGCUCUGGAGACCAAGGUAGCUAAACAAAAGAAAAAAAAAAAAAAAAAAAAAAAAAAAAAAAAAAAAAAAAAAAAAAAAGGUGCUAAAGGGGUUGAGAGGGCUUGCAUCUCCAGAGGGAGGUGGACCCACCUCUAAGCCAGGGUAAUACUGAGAGCAGCAGCCACCCUCCCUGACCGACCCCUCCCCCCCAGCAGUAGAGCCUCACUGUACUCCAGCCUUGUUUCCCAGUGCUGGGCAUGGAACCUGGGGCCCCGUGUGUGCUAGGCAAGUGCUCUGUCACUGAGAUACUACCUGGUUUUGUGGCAUGAAGGUUUCUCAGCUUAAGACAUUCAGAGGCCUCAGACAUCCAAGGUCUAGCAGGACAGGCGCACAGAGCCAGCUGCAACUGGGCAAGGCUUCCAUGCAGGCUCCUCCCUCCCGAGGGGGACUUUGAACCACACUGCAGAGUGCCAGCAGGUGGCAGCUCACCUCCCUCCUGCUGGGCUGAUGGCCCCCACUGGCUUGGUCUCAAGCUUUCCCAGGCCUGCAUCUGGGCCCCAGGGGAAACUUGACUUCUCCAUCAGCACCAUGAAAGGACAUCCAAGAGCUUUGAGAGCAGAUACAGAGGUGACUGGAGUGAAGACAGAAGCAUGGCUGGCAACUAGGGUAGCUUCAAGCAUACCCUGCCCUUGCCCCUUAGGAAAAGCACUUGGGGACACAGUUCCUCACACAGCAGCUCUGGUUGUUUUCUGUCAGCUCAGCCUCCUGAGAGACACACACCACCCCCCACCCCCAGCCCAGCAACAGACCUACCCAGAGAUCUGUCCCUACUGACUUCUGGGGUUGCUGCCACUGUACCCACCAGCAGGGUAGGAGACAAGUGGUCUCCCUUAGCUGCCUCGAAAGCCUGGAGGCACCAGGACACACCCCUGAGAACCAGAGGUGUCCGCACACCCGCAGCUUGCCUUUUGCCUUACGCAGCCAUGUCUGCUCUGUUAUUAAAUAUUCUGGACUCAC